AUGCUCCGAGAUGGAUACAUUGUUGACGCCGGUGUGGACGAGCCAAUUGCUUAUCGACACUGUGAGAGAGGUUUUGAUAAGGUAACAAUUAGAGAGGAUGGAUCUGCUGAAGCUGCCAUACCGGUCGUCGUUGCAAAUGCUGACUUCAAGGACGAGGUUGAAGUCCUAUACACAGUCAACCGUUUGAUACCCGGAAUAGAGCCGUGUACUGAAGUGAGAAUAGUCUUGAAGGCCACUCAGUUGGCUCUGGAAGAGGACGCACCCAAGUCUGGCGGGCUGACAAUGGUUGCCGAUCUUAAUCAGAACGUGGCCGGAGAAGCGCUGGCAUCGGCGGUGCGACGCGUGUACCCGGAUGCCGUGCUUGCUCAUGGUUAG